GCCAUGUAUGGGCGAUUGCAAUUUGUUUCACCAACCAGAAUAUGGAGCCUCUGUCUUAUCUUCCCGUUGCUGGCGACCGUCUAUCUCUUCUCUACCUCAGGAACCCAUUGGUCGGGGGUAGCGAAAUCGACCGACCCUUUACUCGGUGCUAGUGGGCAGAAAAGCCAGCCACGUCCACCAAAUCCGCCGAAAGAUGACUACUGCGAUCGAUUCCCAGAUCCAGGAAAUGUGGUGAUAUCAGUCCGGACGGGCGCUACGGAGGCUAUGGAUAAGCUGCCGACCAUUCUUACGACCUAUCUCCAGUGCGCCAAACAUGUCAUUCUGUUCUCCGACAUGGAGCAGUGGAUCAUGGGACAGCACGUCCACGAUGCAUUAGAACGAGUUGCACCGUCGAUUAGAGACAGCCGCCCGGAGUUCGAGCUCUAUAGGAAGCAACAGGAGCUCAAACGCCAGAAUCGGAUGCAUGAGAUUCCUUCGCUUCGGGAUAUGAAGGAGGGAGAUAAAUCGGCUGCCUGGAUAUUGGACAAAUAUAAACAUCUACACACGAUCCAACGAACAUGGGAAUUAUAUCCUGAUAUGGAUUGGUAUGUCUUCCUUGAGGCCGAUACAUACUUGGUCUGGGCGAAUCUCCUGGCCUAUCUAUCCACUCUGGACGCGACGAAAACCACCUACUUCGGAUCACUGUCGCUAAUCAAUGACCUUGGUUUUGCACACGGCGGUAGCGGAUACUUCUUUUCCAAACCGACCAUUAGCAACUUAACAGUCGACCACCCCGGAGCUGCCGCCGAAUGGGAUCAGAAGCUGUCCGACGAAUGUUGUGGAGACUUUACAGCAUCUCGAGCAUUCGCGGAUGUGGGUAUCGAGCUGAAGAGCGUCUGGCCCAUCAUCCAAGGAGAAAGCUUAGAUACCAUACCUUUCGGACCAGACUACUGGUGUAAGCCGGUAGUCACGAUGCAUCACGUUCAACCAACCGAGGCAAGGAAACUCUAUGAUUUUGAGCGGCAUAGAGCUCACUAUAAGAAGCCCCUCAGUUUUUCGGAGCUAUUCACUGAUUUAGAGUUUCCGGUUAUAAUCUCAUCACGCGAAGAUUGGGACAAUCUAUCAGAAAACAAAGAAUUUACGACCGAUACACUUGAAGCAUGCCGCGCGGCAUGUCAUGACGCAGACGAUUGUUUCCAGUUUCACUUCAAUGGCGAGCUAUGCAGACUUCACGACAGGAUCCGAAUGGGCACACGCAAAGAUCCGGAAGGCGAAAAGCGCUGGACGAGUGAGUGGCGGGUCGAUAAAAUCAACAAAUGGGUCAAAAAUAACUUGCCAUGCAAGAUGAAGAAGCCAUGGGAGACGUGA